CUGCCCCAUCCCAGGCCUUUCCAGGUCCCCUCUCCCGGUGAACCGGAUGCUCUGUCAGUUUCCUCCUCCGCGUCCUCGGCGGCCUCCGCUUCCCUGGCGCAGCCGCAGGCACCCCCGAGGGCACGGGCAGGGGCUCCCGGCCGUUAGCCUGGCAGGAGUAGGACGCCGGUAGGAGCUGGGCGCGCACGGUUACCGAGCGUGGAGGAGACACUGCCCUGCGGCGAUGGGUGCCAGGGGCUCUCCUUCACGCCGGAGGCAGGCGGGGCGGCGGCUGCGAUACCUGCCCACCGGGAGUUUUCCCUUUCUCCUCCUCCUGCUACUUCUCUGCAUCCAGCUCGGGGGAGGACAGAAGAAGAAAGAGAAUCUUUUAGCUGAAAAAGUAGAACAACUGAUGGAAUGGAGUUCCAGGCGCUCAAUCUUCCGAAUGAAUGGUGAUAAAUUCCGAAAAUUUAUAAAGGCACCACCUCGAAACUAUUCUAUGAUCGUUAUGUUCACUGCUCUUCAGCCUCAGCGGCAAUGUUCUGUGUGCAGGCAAGCUAAUGAAGAAUAUCAAAUACUGGCUAACUCCUGGCGCUACUCAUCUGCCUUUUGCAACAAACUCUUCUUCAGUAUGGUGGACUAUGAUGAGGGGACAGAUGUUUUUCAACAGCUCAACAUGAAUUCUGCUCCUACGUUCAUGCAUUUUCCUCCAAAAGGCAGACCCAAAAGAGCUGAUACUUUUGACCUUCAAAGAAUUGGAUUUGCAGCUGAACAACUCGCAAAGUGGAUUGCUGACAGAACGGAUGUUCAUAUUCGAGUCUUCAGACCACCCAACUAUUCUGGCACCAUUGCUUUGGCCCUGUUAGUGUCACUUGUUGGCGGUUUGCUCUAUUUAAGAAGGAACAACUUGGAAUUCAUCUAUAACAAGACUGGUUGGGCCAUGGUGUCUCUGUGUAUAGUCUUUGCUAUGACUUCUGGCCAGAUGUGGAAUCAUAUCCGUGGGCCUCCAUAUGCUCAUAAGAACCCACACAAUGGACAAGUGAGCUACAUUCAUGGAAGCAGCCAAGCUCAGUUCGUGGCAGAGUCACACAUUAUUCUGGUACUAAAUGCUGCUAUUACCAUGGGAAUGGUUCUUCUAAAUGAAGCAGCAACAUCCAAGGGAGAUGUUGGAAAAAGACGGAUAAUUUGCCUAGUGGGAUUAGGCCUGGUGGUCUUCUUCUUCAGUUUUCUACUUUCAAUAUUUCGUUCCAAAUACCACGGCUAUCCUUAUAGUGAUCUGGACUUUGAGUGAGAAGAUGUGAUUUGGACCAUGGCACUUUAAAACUAUAACCUCAGCUUUUUAAUUAAAUGAAGCCAAGUGGGAUUUGCAUAAAGUGAAUGUUUACCAUGAAGAUAAAGUGUUCCUGAGAUAUAGUUUGAAUUCUUGAGUUCAUUUCCAUGUUGUGAUAAUUCUAGCUUAUUCUUGUAUAAUUUUUGAAAUGUGUUUUCCUAGUGAAUUUAAUUUAUAGAAGUGGAUGGUUAAAUUUCAUAUUAGCACUGGAAAGAACAAAGGAAAUACUGAAGUGUUUUCAAGCAUAUUAUAUUCAGUAUAUGCUAUAGGACUGAAAUAAAUGACAAUGUAAUUAUGAAUUCAUGUGUUAGAACUGUUCACUCAUUAGUAAAGAAAACCACAAUGUUAGUAAGGGAAAACUAUGAAAUAUAUGUUAAAGAAUCCUUAAGGUUAUACGGAGAUAAGGUAUAUGCAUGAUAUGUCACGUACUGAAAAAUUAUACUCAUUGUCAUUUCAGUAUAAAGGAUGUGUGUAUGGUUACAGAUGGUUUUGUUCUUAUUAAUCACAAUUAGAUGAAGAGACAGGGAGCUGGAUGAAUAGUGCCUGCAACUUGGAAGCCUAACCUGGGAAACGGAGGUGUUUCCCAGGACAUAAAUUUUAAAGCAAACAGGACUAAAUCAAUAAGCUUGAAAGCAUCAGGUGAUAGAAGCAACACACCAAAACUAGAAAUUAAUUCCUCUCUAACUUUAGAAGGGUCACCCAGGAAUCUAGACUUGUAACUGCAAAACUGACGCAUGAUGGCCAUUUUCCCCACGUGUUAUAUGGAAAAAGUUUGCCAUCAAAACUUCAUUCCUUAAAUCCAGAUGAAAAUUAUCCUAUGCGUGAGUGAGUCAGUGAAGCUUUCUUGAAAACCAAAUAUAGGAGUCUAAUCAUUAUGUUUGUAUAUCCUCUUUUAGUUUAUAAAGUACUUUUGCAUAUGUUAUCUUUUUUCUUUACAACAACCCUGUAAAUUAGACAGGAAAUACAAAUUUUGUCUGACUUACAGAAGUAUUAGAAGCUGAAAGCCAAAAAGAAUAGAAAAAUAGAGCUUCUAACUGGGGUUUCAAACUCUGAAACCUGAAUUUUUAUUUUCUGUGGUGCUGAAGAAUAAUUUAAAAAUGCAGUCAGUUCAAUAAACUUUUUUCCUUUUUUUUUAAAGGUUAUCUAAUUUUCAUUAAAAUCUAAAUAGUAGAACAUGGAGAACUUUGUUAGGAGUUUCAGGUAUACAGUCUCAACAGGAACCAAGUGCACAUCUACUGAAUUUGCUUAUUUCAUACCUUUAUGAAAUUCAGUAAAGAAUGGGAAAUAUAAAAUCCUACAGGGGUAUAUGAAGCUUAGUUCCAGGGCAAUAUGUGUGCUAGCAAUAAGUUAUCUUGUCAAAACAGAAUAUUCAGUGAAAAUUGCAUAAUUCAGAACUAUGUUCACCUUACCACAUAUUCCCAAAUCUAUUCUUAAAAAGCACAUUAAGUCCCCUAGUUCCUGUUCAAAGUGUGAUAAAUUUAGUACUGGAAUGGCAUUUAUGGAAAAGCAUUAAGUGAUCAUGAUCAUUUGUUUAAUGCCUAUCCCUAGGUAGCACUUGACAUGUAAAUGUAAAUCCAUUGAGUAUUUUUACAUUUUCUAAGGUUCAUUCAGAACAGGUAUUACAAUUGGAGUCUGAGACCAAAUUUUACAUGUAAACAUCUUUAUUAUAAUUAUUUUUGUUUGUCCCCUUAAGGCUCAAAGUUGUUAUUAAACAACAUACCUUUUGGGCGCCUGGGUGGCUCAGAUGGUUAAGCGUCUGCCUUCGGCUCAGGUCAUGAUCCCAGGGUCCUGGGAUCAAGUCCCACAUCGGGCUCCCUGCUCCUUGGGUGCCUACUUCUCCCUCUGCUUCUUUCUCUCUCUCUCUCUCCCUCCUUCCCUCUGUCUCUCAUGAAUUAAAAAAAAAAAAAAAAAAUCUAAACAACAUACCUUUAGUUUGUCUAUAAAGCUUUAAUAUAGUGUUCAGUCACGACCAAAGUCAGACAAUGACCAAGGUAAGGAGAACUUCCCUAUUCCAGAUUAGUAAAAGUUUUGUAGCCUAUUAUAUAAUUUCCUCUCAGUCAUUAUAUGCCUACAACAAAAACAGUCUUUUAGCAUUUUACAGCUAGAGAGCUGUCACUUUUCUAUAGACUGUUGUUGCAUUAGGGAAGUGAUUCUAGAGGGAAAUAAACUGCCUCAAGACAAGUUGUUCCUGGAAAGUGCUAUAGGCAAAACUACAAAGAGUGGUUCAAAUGUAGUUUCCUUUCAGAAUUUAGCAUAUGGAAAAUCACAUAUGUAAUAUAUAGGCCAUCUUUACCUUUGCCAAACAAAUUAAAUUGAAAAAUUAAUUAUCUGGUAUGCUGUAUCCUCCAAUGUCACUUUUCAACCAAAUUUACUGUAUUGAAGUCUCCCUUAAAUACUGAUUAUAUGUUGAACAGUCUUCAGUUAGAGGAAAAAAUCUUAACAGAAAAUUCCAUCUAAAGGAGUUUAAUUUCUAACAACAUCUGAUGAAUAAAAAAUGUUGCAUUUUGCUCAGCAUACUGUUCCUUGCAUCAGAUAUUCACAUGAGUAAGCCCAAUAGUGUUGUGUGUUUACUAUAAUUUUCUUUUGUGUAUAAAGUAAUAUCCCUUGUCAAUUAACAAUUCAGCAAGCAUGGUGAUUUGGGGAGAUUAGAUCUUGUAACCAUAGAAGAACCUCCCUAAGGGUACAUGAAGGGAGUAGUUAUUUCUAAAUAAGGCAUGACAUACUAUUUUGAGAUCAAACACAUGACAGUAAACAUUGUGUUUUAAGAAGUACUGGUAACAAAGGCAAACAUUAACUAGAGCAUCUAGCAACAAAACAUUUGAAUGGACUUUUGGACACAAUGUUCCUAAGAGCUCAUUAACAUUCAAUUUAAAAUAUUAAAACAAGAGGCUUUUCAUACUCUAGCAAGGACCUGUAUUGGGUCAAACAUAAUUGUUCUGAUAGUAUUUUUUCUAAUAGUGGGGAAAGGGUGAGCAUAGGAGUCACACUACAAGGGUACAAGUGUGUUCAUGCUAGCCCCUCAAUCCCCUUAUACGAGCCAUGAGUAUGUGUCAUUUAUGAAUUCUUCUAUACUCCUUUUUUUUACCUACUUAUGUCUGAAAUAUAUAUGCAAUGUUUUUAUCAUAUAACAGUGUAAGUAUUUACUAAGUUUGAAUAAAGCAUCACACAU